AUGGCGAAGGAGAAGAAGCGGAAGCAGCCUCCCACCGACGCGGCGCCGCCCCCGGGCGACGAGCGCGAGGGGAGGAGCGAGCGGAAGGGCAAGAAGGCCAGGAAGGAGAAGGCGGAGGCGAUACUGCCGUCGCAGAUCAAGAACAAGGACAAGCGCCGCGAGGUGCACGCUAAGCUUAAGCGAGAGAAGAAGGCCCAGAAGCGCGCGCUCGCCCGCGAGCGCGGACAGCCGCCGGAGAGGCAGGUUCCCCGGACAAUCGAGAACACCCGGGAGCCCGAUGAGACUGUGUGCCGGCCCGACGACCAGGAGCUGUUUGCAGGAAAUGAUGCGGAUGAAUUCAAUGCAGUUCUAAAGCAGCACAUAACCCCGAAAAUAUUGAUUACGACAUGCCGCUUCAAUUCUGGGAGGGGGCCUGCAUUUAUUGACGAGUUAAUGCAAGUGAUACCGAAUUCCCAUUAUAUAAAAAGGGGAACAUAUGAACUCAAGAAAGAUUUCACCUCACUUAUUGUUGUCCACACAAAUCGAAGGGAACCUGAUGCUCUACUUAUCAUUGGGCUACCUGAUGGCCCUACGGCACAUUUCAAACUAUCCAAACUUGUUCUUCGGAAGGACAUAAAGAACCAUGGCAACCCUACAAGUCAUAAGCCAGAGCUAGUAUUGAACAAUUUCACUACACGCCUUGGUCAUCGUGUUGGAAGGAUGAUGCAAUCUCUCUUCCCUCAAGACCCCAAUUUCCGUGGGCGCCGUGUUGUGACCUUCCAUAAUCAGCGAGACUACAUAUUUUUCCGUCAUCACAGGUACAUCUUCGAGACAAAAGAAAAGAAGGUUGCUUCGAAGGACAAGAAGGCUAAGACAUCUGAAAGCAAAACCGAAUCUGAGAAGCAAGUGAUUUGUCGCCUUCAGGAAUGUGGACCUCGCUUCGUUCUAAAGCUGCUCACCUUGCAACAUGGGACCUUCGACACGAAAAGUGGGGAGUACGAGUGGGUUCACAAGCCGGAUAUGGAUACGAGCAGGAGGAGAUUCUUCUUGUGA